GCGAGAGUCGUCAGAGUCGUGCGUUGCCAUGGCGAUUGAGAUGGCGGAGGCGUUUCUGGUCGCAGCGGCCACCGGGGCCACGAGUGCAUGAAGCUACCGCCAGCAACAUCGAUGCCCGAACAGUGGGAACCGACGCGAAGCAGCAAGUACGGCGUCGUGGUGGCCCCGUUUGCGGGCGACACUACAAAGCAUGGCCUGCCGCUCUCACUCGGUCAGCCGGUGCACAUCUUGGAGCAGUGUGGGGGAUGGUACAGGGGUCAUCGCAUUGGGGACAAGGGUCAGAAGGGCAUCUUCCCGGCUUCCCACAUUGCCCUCAAAGCCUGCCAUGUCACUAACCAAGGGCCAUACGAGACAGUGGAACCGGCUGAAGGUGCCACGGCACGCGAGGUGGCCAGUGUGCUGCGUGAAUGGCACCCACUCUGGAAGAAGCUGUACUUGGAGCGGGACGUGGAGCGGUUCACAGCCCUGCGGCAGGCCAUGUCUGACCUGGUUGAGUGGCGGAGGCAGCUUCUGUCGGCCGCGCUGACCCAGGACCAAGAGCGGGCCCUGUGCCUCCGUGCUGCAGCGCGCAUCGACUGGGGCAACCGGCUCCUGGGUCUAUCCUUGGUGCCCCGAACCGAGGGGGGUGCUGUGGCUGAUCCAGACCAGCUGGGGCCUGUUGAGCUCUUUCAGGUGCACGUGUCAAGUGCUGCAGCGGAGGCAGAAUCACGACCCCUGCAGCAGCAGCCAACCCAUGCGGGUCCACACCUGCGGCUGUCCCUGCGCCAUGCAAGCACCAGUGGCCUGGAGCUCCACUUUGCCCUCUAUGAUGCCCAGGCAGGACAGUUCUUCAGUGAAAAUUUCCUGGUGAAGAGUGCUAAGUGUGGCCAGUCGAGCUUCCUGGCCAGCCAUGCUGCUGUCUUCAUGGAUGUCUACCGGCCCGAAGGGCAGCAGCUCCACCUGGUGGUGCGAGUCAUCCGCACAGGCCGACUGUUGGGCGACAAGGGAUCUGGCGACCACGAGAGCUAUCGGCGGCCAUUAGCCUGUGGUGUCAUUGACCUGGCAACCCUGCCAUGGGACAUUGGUGGCGAGACUGAGCAUGCUGUUCGCCUAGUCACCUGCAACGAGGCCGACUUCCACCAGCUGCACGAGUUGAUCGUCCGUAAGAUGGGCCACAAGAUGGCUCCCCUGCAGCCCAGUCUGGGACUGAGUGUGUGCUUGCGGCCGGUGUCAGACUCGGAGGAAGAGGGUCUACCCGUGGUACGCAUGCGAGGCUUCCCCGAGGUGAUCAUGCCAGGUGACGUGCGCAAUGACCUCUACCUGACUCUUGACCGGGCUGACCUGGCCGGUCCCGCCAAGAACAUUGAAGCUCGCCUUAUGCUGGUGUCUGCAGAUGGACGCAUCCUCCAGGACUGCCUGAGCGGUGGCGUGGGUCAGCUAGAACCGUCGUACGAGUGGCGCUCCCUGGUGCUGUGUCGUACGUGCACCCCCAGGUGGGGGGAGGCUGUGCACGUGCGCCUGCCCCUCGAACCCCUGGAAGGGGCGCACGUGCGCGUGGAGCUACGACACUGCUCGGCACGCAGUGGGCGCGAGCCGCGGCUUCUGGCCUGCGCACUGCUGCCCCUGCUGCAGCGAGGCACUGUGCUGCCCAACGGGCCACACGAGCUGCCCGUCCUGCGAGCAGACCCACCGGGAGGCGCCCAGGCACGCCACGAGGCUCUGCACCUCACCACCUUGCUCAUUUCCACCAAGCUCACCCAGAACAGGGACUUGCUGGCAUUGCUACGCUGGAAGGAGCAGCCCGACGAUGUGCCACAGGCGCUGCUUGGGCUCACCAAGCUGGACGGUGAAGAAAUUGUCAAGUUCCUGCAGGACAUCCUGGAUGCACUCUUCUCCAUGUUCUCAACAGCUGAUGGCAACUCGACACCCUACUCGGGCCUUGUCUUCAAGACAUUGGUGUACAUACUCAGCCUCCUGGAGAGCCCCAAGUUUGAGCACUUCAAGCCGGUCUUGGAUGCUUACAUCAAGGGGCAUUUUGCAGCUGCACUUGUCUACAAGGGUCUGCUGCGAUGCGUGGCACACUGUGCAGAGCUGGCCAGCGAUGCCGGGGACGAGGCCCCUUCUGUCGAGCACUGCUUUGCAUCGCUCGAAUCAGUUAUGCAGUUUGUUGUGCAGUCACGCCUCCUCCUCAGCCGUGCAACAGGCACUGACCCGAGCGAGGGCUUCUCGGCUGACCUGCAGCCCAUGCUGGCGGCUUGCGAGCGCAUGCUGACCGUGGGGGCCCCAGGUCCUCCCACCCUGGCACAGGUGUCCCUGGUGCAUAGUCUGGGAGGGUUGCUGGCACGUUUGCGGGAAGUGCUUCCCUUGUCUGCCGUGGUGCGGGUGGCUGAGCGGUGCCUCGCUUGGCUGCCCACCCGGCCACACCCCCUGUUGGCCCAAGCACGCCUACAUGCAAUAGAGCAGACCAUCACUUCACUCCUGUGUGAGCCCGCUGACCACGCCGCGACAGAUGAGUGGCACCUCCGUCUUGUGUGUGCGUGCGGAGCUGCAGUCGGGUCCCAGCUGUCGCAGGGUCGUCCAGAGGAGGCCACCCUGUGCGCCAAGGUGCUGGGGCAGCUGGUGACCGCAGCCGGUGUUGAUGCUGCUCCAGCGCUGCUGGCACUAGUACCACCAUUGCUCGAAGCCUUACAAGCCUUAGAAGACGAGGAUCCACUACUGGGACCCUUGUCAGCGUGCCUGUUGGGUGUGGUGCGGGCACUUGGCGAGGCCCACUAUGCACAGCUGUGGGGUGCCGAUGGUGGCCGUGAGGGUGUGGCCUGUGCUCUGUCGGUGCUUCGGCGGCUGCUGCUGGGCCCCACCUUUCCCGCCGACUGGGCUGUCAUGCGUGCACUCGCCAACCAUGUGGCCCUGGGGGCCCUGCAGGAGCUGGCACAGCUGCUGGCAUCACACUUUCUGCGACCGCUGGAUGUUCUGCUGUGGCUACAGUACCUGCGGCUCGCCUCAGACUUCUUGGCCCAGCCAUCCCUCCAGCUGGAGCACUUGUCGCCCACCCAGAGGGCACGCCUCACCGAGCGCUAUGGCGACAUGCGGCUGCUGGCGGGAUUCCAGGUACUGGCCUUGUGGGGGCGUCUGUGGGAGGAGGAAGGGGGCAGGUGUGAGCUGGUUUCGUCCCUGGUGGGGCCGCUGGUGCGCAUGACGUUGGUGCGAGAAGCAGAGCUUCGGAGGGCCAUGCUGCCCCUCUUUUACGACCUCAUGGACAAGGACCUGCCCAAGGUGGAGUCCGAGCUGAUGGAGCAUCUAGACAAGCUGGUGACUGCAGGCAGCGGUGAUGAGCAGUACCAGCAGCUCUUUACUUCUAUCCUUCUAGAAGAGGUGCGAAAGCGCAACCCCGUGUGGCACGACAGCGGUGUUCGAUUCAUCGAUGCCGUCGGUCACCAACUUGACCGACUGCUUGACUAUAGGAGUGUCAUGGAGGGAGCUGAGAACCGGGACAAGCGCAUGAGCUGCACAGUCAAUUUGCUGCGCUUCUACCGGGAGGAAGUUGGUCGCCAGGAGAUGUUUGUGCGCUACGUGCACAAGCUGUGUGAACUGCACCUGCCGGCCGAGCACUUUGCCGAGGCAGCGUUCGCACUGCGGCUGCACGCCGACUUGCUGCCAUGGGAGGAAGGGGAGCAGGGACGCCUCAAGGAGCAGCUCUAUCUCAGCAUGCUUCACUACUUUGACCGCGGCAAGUGCUGGGAGGAGGGACUGCCGCUGUGCAAGGAGCUUGCCAACGUCUACGAAGGCGUGCUGUUUGACUACGAGAAGCUCAGCACUAUCUUGAGGAUGCAUGCCCAGUUCCUGGAGCACAUCCUGAAGGAGCUGAGACCUGAGCCCGAGUACUUCCGGGUUGGAUUCUUUGGCCUGGGCUUUCCCUCCUUCCUGCAAAACAAGGUGUUUGUGUACCGGGGCCUGGCCUACGAGAAGGUGGGUGCCUUCAGCCAGCGGCUGCAGGGACAGUUCCCCGAGGCCCAGCUGCUGACACACAAUGCUCCACUGGAUGCUGCUCUGCUUGCUUCCACUGACCAGUACAUACAGGUGUGUGGUGUGCGCCCCCUGGCGGAGCCACGUCCGGAUCUGGAAGGGCGUCCCGAGUGUGUGCGCGCCUACUUUAGGGUGAACCGGGUCCACUCGUUCCAGUUUGACCGCCCCGUUUACAGAGACGGACCACCGGACAGAGACAAUGAGUUCAAGGGCCUGUGGCUGGAGCGGACGACGUUGGAGACGGCGUCCAAUCUGCCAGGGCUGCUCCCAUGGGCUGAGGUGGUGGGCCAACAAACGGACUGGGUGCCCCCGCUGGUGCACGCGUGCGAAGCAGUCGAGGCCAUGAGCAACGAGCUGCGCCGUCUCGUGGCUCUGCACUCGCGCGAGCCCCAACGGCCUCUGGCACCCCUGAGCAUGCGCCUGGCUGGAGCCAUCGAGGCUGCCGUCAACGGAGGCCUGGCCAAGUACCACCAGGCUUUCCUCAGUGGUGGUGAUGCAUCGAGCGAAGGGCAGGCACGGUUGCGGUCGCUACUCCUGGAUCUGGUGCAUGUGCUGGAAGGUGGCCUCUCGCUGCACGGGCGGCUGGCUCCGCCCGACCUGGGGCCCUUGCAGAAGCGGCUCGUUGAGCGCCUAGGGCAGCUUCAGCAGGCUGUGCGCGGUGCAUCUGCGCAUGGUUCACCACGACCUGGCUCAGCGUGUAGCAGCAGUAGGUCGUCCACGUCAUCGGGUGGACUCCUGCCUCCAGCGCAUGAUGAGCCAUGGGAUGGAGGGACCAGCAGCAGCUCUUCCAGCACACUAGCUGACCAGCAGCAGCUGGAAGGAUCCACGACUGACAGUAUGCCACCACCACUUCCACCACGAGGGCCUCCACCUGUGGAGCCGCAUGCCACCCGGCCAACGUCAGCAAACCGCAACUCUCUCAAGCACGGGGACCCUCUUCUGCCUUGCAAAAAUGCGGAUCCCAUUAAAGAAGAGGCAGCCAAUGGGAACUGCGCAUCUCUUGGUAGCUCUUCCAUACAUGAUGUUUAGUCUGCAUUUUUUUUUUUAAUCUCUCUCGUGUCACUGUGUGUGGCAGGUUAGGUGGUGAUGUUGAGAUUGAGGUAUUUAGAUACAGUAGAACCCACAUAUAACCAAUGCAGGUUAAAUCAAUGUUUCGGGCAUGUCCUUCUUUCUUUAUAUAAAAGUUGACUGUGGAUUUGUCACUGUUUGCUGGUGAUGGCUACCGCUUUGCAUUUGAUUGAUAAUAUAGGAUAAAAAAGUUAAAAAAUGUAACUCCUUACAUUAGGGUAAUGCUUGUGAGCGAGCAGUUGCACCAAUAGGAAUCAUUAUGUUAAUUUUCGUUUAUGUGAUGAAAAAAUACUUAUUACAAUGUUGUUACACAAUGCAGUCAUAACUACUACCAAGGUUUCCAGGACACACAUUCGUAUUUCACCUAGUGCUCCGGUUGUAUAAUGUCAUGACCUACUGGCAUAUUUCCGUUUAGCAAUUUCCACCUGUUUUUUUUUUUUCUAAAUUUAUUUGUACUGAUAGGAAUUUGCAGUGUUAGACUAUUCCAGUUGUCCAUAGAUUAUUAGCUGAGAGAAUGAAAGGGCAAGGUUCUUUCUUUUUGAAUUUCGUUCCUGAACUGCUGCAUCAUAGUUAGUGUAAUCUCACGAAUUUCAUAGUGCUUCCACAUUUUUUAGCUGUUUUUUUUUUCUUUUAAAGUAGUGUUCUCAGAACUCACUAGGCUGUGAAUUUGGUUCCUUAAGAAUGCAGUGUAGUCCUCAUUUUUCGAUAAACUAGUGCUGUUAACUGUGGUCCCGAGCGGACGUCAUAUCCAAACCUCGUGACGGCACAAGGAGACAGCUCGAGAGCUCCAGUCCUGAAUUUUCCUUUUUCAGUCUUUGUUUUUAUGGCUCACCAUUAUGCAAGGCUGGCGUUCCUAGUGCCACUUGCAUGCAUGUAAAAUCUCAAUUUAUGCCUGAAGAGAAAUUUUCGUACUCAAGUCACAAAGCUGUGAUGUCAACCUUGGCGAUAAUUGAUGUGUUGACUGACACAAAUUAUUGGAGUAGUGAAACAAAAUUUACGGACUAGAACAAAACACACCAAUUGCGCCGCGACUGUGUUCCAGCUGGUGCUGCACUUGGGAGGAAAAGCGCAAAAACCCUUGCUGUGUGUCAACCCUCUGCUUCUCAGAAGCGGGCAUCAACUUUAAUACAAGGAAAGGAGCGCAAGAAUGACCUCACAAUGUAUUUCUUUUUUUUUCAAGGCAAUCAGCUAAACUUGCUUGGAAAUGUUGGUACGCUUGAGAUCUUGUUUCCUCGUGGGAAAAAGGAUAAACAGAUUAUGGACUUUUCUGUAUAGUGAUGCAGCAAGUACUUUGACCUACUGUAUGCGCUCUAGUUAUUAUAAUGUUCUUCACAGCAUUCUUCUGCAUACACUGGUUUUAACAGUUGUCAGAUUAUAACAGCGACAUUUCGUUGCCAUUUAAGUAUUGUAAUAAGUGGAUGCGAAUGUGUUGAUGUAUUGUUUUAAUUUAAAGAAAGAUAGGCAUGACAUUACAUUGACAGCCCUGCUGUUAUUUUUUCUGUGAUGUAUUCUAAUCAAAUGCCCAAUUUGCGACGAAUAUAGUCUUCCUUCUGGGUUAAGGUGUUCAGAAAUCUCAUCAUAGACCAAGGAGGAGGUUGUGAUCUGUCCGUCCACUAACACACUCUCAUAGCUUUACACACUGGGCAACAUUUGUCAGUUGCAGCUGUCAGCAUGUGAGAUGUGGCAAUGGCAAUUGUAUUAAAACCAAAGAAAUAUGUGCAGCUGGAAUGGCUUUGGGAGUAUAUAUAUAAAAGAUAGGUAUUAAUAUACGUAUAACUGUAGCCAUGACUUGACAUCCAUGGAAGUGUUUUAACUGUGGUUGUAAUGGUUGUCGGCCUAUGCGCUGCAUGGCUGCUGUUUUCGAUUACAGUAUUAAAUAGUUGUUUCUACCCUCUGAA